GUGAACGACAACUACAAGAGUAAAAUAAUCGGCCAAAAUGAGGCUCACGGCAGACCUCAUCAACAACUCCCUAUCCUACCUCAACCCGCUCAAGGAGCGCGAGUUGGACCUCCGAGGUCACCGAAUACCCGCAAUCGAGAACCUGGGCGUUGCCGGCCCCCACGACGCCAUAGACCUGACCGACAACGACAUUCAAGUGCUUGGCAACUUCCCGCUGUCGCCGCGCAUCCGCACCCUGCUGCUCGCGCGCAACCGCAUCACGAGUCUGCAGCCCAACCUGCCGAAUGCCGUACCGGGGCUGAGGAACCUCGUGCUGACGGGGAACAACCUGGCCGAGCUGGCGGAUCUCGACGUGCUCGGCCGGUUUCCGAGGCUGACGCACCUCGUGCUGAUGGAUAACCCCGUUACGAAGAAGGAGCAUUAUCGGUACUGGGUCCUCUGGCGGUGUCCGACCGUCCGGUUCUUGGACUACCAGAAGGUCAAGGAUGCCGAGCGGCAGAAGGCAAAGGAGCUGUUUGGCUCGACUGAAGCCCCGACUGAGUUGGCAUCCCGGAUAAUGGGUAUCAAGAGCAAGACGUUCGACGUGGGCGCCGCGAACGGCGCGGCUGGCGGGCAGGGGUCCAAGCUGUCGCGGCUGAAGCUUACCGACAAGGAGCGCAAGAAGCUGCAGGAGAUGAUCAAGAAGGCCGACAGCUUGGAGGAGAUCAUCAGGUUGGAGAAAGCACUCAAUGAGGGACGUUUGCCGUCAGGAAUUAUGGUGGAUGAUGCGAUGGAGGAGUGAUGCUCGCACGGUGAGGGCAGGAAAAUGAAGGCACGGUGCUUGUUGGCAUGUGCACCAAACCAUUGUGGGUAUACGGAGCUAGGUCAUCUGUCGGCGGUGUUGAUAUGUACGAGUACAUCUGUGAAGAGGGAUGCAGAGGUUUGAUGUUAACUAUCACGGCCGAUGACAAGUCGCAGGCACCUAGCCUGUCAUGUCAACGUCCCCGUCGUCCUGGUGCGCCUGUCUCAUCUCCGUCUCGAGUUGAUCGUUGGGAUCUGCAGCGUCCGAAGACAAGACCCUGGCCCCCCGCGACAAGCCGUUUACACCGUUGCCGUUCAAUACGGUCUUGGGUCGCUUGCCGUUGGGCAUGCUGUCUGUAGGCCUCUCGUCCUCGGCGGCGGAUGUCCCGGUGGCCUUACUGCCACUGACUCUGGCGCGUGCCGCGGUUGCUUUGGCCUUGACCUCCUUGUAGGAGCUUGUCUUGGGUAUGACGUCCUCGAGAAACUCGAGGUUGUCC